CCUCGGUGCCCCAAUCAGUGAACUCGAUCAUGUGUACAUUUUUUGUUCAGCACAAAAAGAAAACGCUUGGAAAAAUCAGUCUCUCUCGCAAUUCCGUCGCGUCGAACCGUCAAGAGUGUGAAUUGGUGAAGUGACAAAGAACUGGGCGGUGGGAAUUGCAGGUGAAAGUGGUGAAAAUGCUUGCUAAUUGGCAUCUGUGACUGUUUUCAACUGUUUUGUUGUGACCCGUGCGAGGACUGCUGAGGAAUUUUCACACUUUUCCGUGAGGGCGGAGGAUGAUAUAACGCUCGAAGGUGGAAAAGCGGCUCUAUCGACGUUCAGGAGGAAGCUGAAACCUGGAAUUUCACCAGGAUGAGGAGCGGCGACAGCACCAAAACGUCCUCUGACAUUGAGAAUGUGGAGUGGAGCGUCGGGACGACCGCGGGACACAUGCCAAAUGUCGUAAGAUUUGGCUCGUCGAGCAGCCAGGCGUCGCAAAGCAGCGGUGAUAUCUGUCGGAUUUGCCACUGCGAGAGUGACCCGCUGAAUCCCCUCCUCACGCCCUGCUACUGCUCAGGGAGUCUCAAGUAUGUCCAUCAGGCGUGUCUUCAGCAAUGGCUCACGGCCUCGGAGACAAACGCGUGCGAACUAUGCAAAUUCCCAUUCAUUAUGCACACCAAAAUUAAGCCAUUCAAUGAGUGGCGCAGCCUCGACAUGUCGGGCGUUGAGAGACGUCGUCUAUUUUGUGCUGUGCUCUUCCAUUGCGCCGCAGCGCUUUGUGUCAUCUGGUCGCUUUGCGUCCUGAUUGAGAGGGCAGCUGAAGAGGUCAAGAGGGGUCUCAUUGGCUGGCCCUUUUGGACGAAGCUUGUCGUAGUCACGGUGGGCCUGACGGGCGGUGUUGUCUUCAUGUACAUCCAGUGUCGGCAAUAUUUGCAUCUCUGCAAUCGCUGGAGGGCCAGAAAUAGAAUACUGCUCAUUCAGAAUGCUCCUGAGAAAAUCCACCAGAUUCAGUCUUCGUCUCCAAUGAUGUCUCAGCGGCCAUUUCCGCGCAACGGGAGUUCCUCCACAACAGGGAAUUAUCCUGUAGGUGCCACAGCAGCCAAUCUGGGUCAGAUGUACGCCCGUCCGCCCAGUCAUGGAGAGAUUGUGGCCAACAUUGAGAACAAUCAUCUCAACUAUGAUCGCGACUGGACGCUGGAUGAUGUGAGUCAGAUGUCCUUCAAGCCAUGCCCCCAAGGAUCUGGCAGCAUGACUCCACUCGCCUUCCACGAUUCUGUGCACAACAUUUAUGAGCAACCGUCUGGAAAUACCUCGAGAUCCAGUCAAGAGCACAUAAUAUCGGCACCAGGAACGAGUCGAACGGGUGAUUUGAGUUUGUUCAAACUGGGAAAUGCCUCUUCUGCAGUUUUCCUGGAGAAUCGAGACAUCCUGAAUGACGGAGCGUAUCCGAAAGUGACUUGUCGCCACUCAAGUGUGGGAAUAAAUCCAUUGGAAAUAACUGAGGGAAUAAGUAAGGACACUAGACGGUUCUCAGACACGAAACUCCUGCAGCAUUCCACAGAUCCAGUUGCCAGUGAUGCCAUUUUCAAUGUUACAAAUCUUCUGGGGCCCUCAAUUCCUGCCAAAUGCGACGCCACACCGCAGAUCACGGACAUCAUCUUCGAAGCUGGCAGUAGUUUCGAUCCGCUGGAAUUAAACAUUCAGGAGAUGCUGGAGCUGGACAUUCAGCAACAGAAGAAAUCACAGUUGUCUCUCAAUGCCAAUUCCGCCAAGGCAAUCUUGCUGCCCGGCGAGACGGCCAGGAGUCGACCGUUGUUCAAGUCUCUGCCAAAUCUGAGUGGCAGCAGUGAGAAUUUGCUGCAGAAGCAGUGAAAAAUUUGAUGUUUAAA